ACCAACUAUGUUCAGAGAUGGAGCUGUGGGUUGGAGAGGCUGGCUAGAGAAGCUGUGCAAGGCUGCCCUAGUAAAAUACCAGAGAAUCCAUUGUAUGCAAGCAAUGUACUAUUCUUAUCAAACGAACAAAGGAAAUUAUAUGAUGAACUGGAGCUCGAAAGUCCUCUCAAAAUGCGGUUCGACGAUUUCGCUAGCGGACGCUCUAGAUACCAAUGGGGCAACAUGGUAUUGAACUUCCAGGGCCCCGAAGGAUUGAGGUCGCUUGCAAAUAUUUAUCGUGCGGUAACACUUUCCGUCGGUUGCUCUCAGCAGACUUGCAACGACAAAGCCACCGCCGUGUGUUUCUUUAGCAAACCUGAGCUCAAGAUGGGUCAGUUGAUAUACAAAGCAGGUACGCCUUGUGCAACAGAUAAAGAUUGCACGACGUCACGUGCAAUGAAACAUUAUGCCAAGUUCCAAGUUUCGAAACUGUUCCUGCAGAUCAAAUAUGGCUCUGGGAAAAUGAAAAAAUUCAAUGGCAAGUUCUUCAAAAAGGCCGCCGACAUGGAGAAGAUGGAGUAUGACUGCGACCUGGAAGCUGACGCAAUGAUCUACGCUGAAACAUGUACACUUGUGCCGUCCUAUCCUGGCACUAGGAAGGGUCAGGGAGAGAACGUAGCUGUGGUGGAGCCUCAGAGUGCGGAAAGUUUCGACAAAGCUGCUCAAUGGGCCAUGCGAUCGUGGUUCAGACCGAUUAGGGAAGGACGGUACCAUUGGAGUUAG